UUUAAUAUGACACGCUGAACUGACGUGGGUCAGGUUGCGUCGUGUUUAUUCAUUUAUGAAGUGUCUUUCAAACAACUUUGUGUCGUUUUCGUCUCGUUUCUCGUGGGUUGUUUUCAAACUUUUGCCUCCUAAACGAGACUUAAAUAUAAAAUAGUUUGUGUAACAUGUUUGAACAAGAAAAGUGUUUCACAAACCAAAUGACAAUAGUUCUGGGGUUUAUACUGCGUGCAGCUUUAAUUCUUCUGUCAGUUACUUUGACUAAAUGAGCCCAACAGUUAUUUGUAUUGUUAUAUUUGUACUGUCCUUUUUGAGUGUGUGCAAACAAUUCCUACCUUGUUUACCUUUUCCCAUCUUUCUCAUUUUAUUUCCUCUCACCUCAGCAAAUAAAUCCAAUAAUCCCCACUUCCUCUGUAAACAGUUUUUUCUCGUAAACUCUCACUUCUCCAGAAUCAGAUACAAACCAAAGGGAACGAGGGCUGAUUUGAUUUGAGCUGAUCUGCUGCGCAUGGAUUUUAGAAGGAAGGCCAAGGUGUUUAGAGGUCAUUCUUUUGGCUCAGCUUGACGUAAUUUGAUCUUGUGUCAAGGUGCCUCCGUCUCACUUCUGAUUAACCGUGUGUCUUUCAUCACUUUGCAUUAAAGACGGAUUCUGAAAAAUGAGACACACCCACUGUAACAUUUUUAAAUGUCUGUUCAGGCCUGAACCCUCACAGGUGUCACUGCGUGGCUUAGUGUUCGAACCAGGAAGACUUUGCUCUUUGCAUCUGACUUGUCUUUGUGAACUUCAGGCAGACAGCUGCUACGCGCCCGCAUUUACACUAAACUGAAGCGCGCUGCUGCACUUGACCUGUGCUGUCACAAUCCUGUGAAAAUAUGCAGCCCCUUGACUGGACCUGACGUCACAUUACUUUAUCAAGCUGUUUAGCUGCAAACAAACCAAAGAUGUCGUAUGCCAGUGAAAAACUGCGUAAAGGAUACCUGCGGAGGAAAAUGGCGGUUAUUGUAUCCAAUGUGAAAGUGAAAGAAAUAAUUGUCCGCCUGCCUUGCUUGACUGAUCAUGACAGGGACACUAUAGAAGCCAAAACAGAGACACGCGGCAACUUUGAUGGGAUGGUGCUUCUGCUGGACUGUCUGAAGAGGAGAGAAAACUGGCCAGAGCAACUGAUUGAAGCGCUGGAGGCGUGCGAGCAUCCGACUCUUGCAGCUGAGAUCAGAGCUGAAUACAACGCUCUGAGAGGCAUUAAUGAUUCUAACCCCAGCCCACCUUCAUCAAUAGUCAAUGCACACGUCCAUCCACCACCAUCUGCUACCGAACUGCCUGUUCCACAGGGUGCUGAAAAAAGUACGUCUAACGUUGCCCCUUCACCAGAGCCAGUUUCUCCACCGAAAAACCCAGUGCGACCACAGGCGGACCAAAGCCCAGCAGCACAAUUUACUGGAGCUGCUUCCCUGCCUGAGUCCGUGCCUCCUGAGUCAACUGAUAUUGAAGCGGCACCUCUUCCAUCAACACCUCCUCCUUCCCCUGAGACCCAGCGUGCUCCAGUUGCAACACCAGUGCCACCACAGAGGGAGCUUAAAGUCCAUCAGGAGCCAGAAGAAAACUCUGAUUCAGACAUCCAGGAUAUCACUGGUGGUACAGGUAUUAUUCCUGAGCAAGUGGAAACAGGAACCAGCAUGAUCAGCUCUGUGGUGCCCGCUCCACCAUCCUGUCCUGUUGAACACUCUAAAACAGAUGCUCUACCUUGUUCCGAACCUCUCCAGACAAUAACAGAGGUGAAGCCACCACAGAGCCCUCCUCCACCCCAGAAACAGCCCAGUGUGAAUGAUCAAUCAGCAUUCCUUACACGCACACCUGAGAAAGGCCCGGUCCAGGACACCACCCCUCCUGUGGGGGGAGUGCCAGGUACUGUCCUGGAGCCUGAGCAGACAUCUGAAUCUAACACUGCAAAGGUUGUUGAAAGUAGCAAACAGACAAAGAUAGCAGGUUCAGCCUCCACCCUGCCUGCUGCCACCGGAGUAGACUUCUUGCUUGCUGAUGAUGUCACUGGGUAUCUGAGCAAGCCAGAACAACUCAUCAGCUACCAGCCACAAAAUGUUGGCAGUCCUAAUAUCCCAGCAGUGGUGGAGCCCUAUUCAGGAAAUAGUGAGCGUCUGUUAAUAAGCGAUGGUGCACCAGACCCCACAGCUUCUGCCUGUAAUCUUGCCUGGUCUGAUAUCACCUCCACCAUCACUGAUACAGGCUCUGGAGUUCCAUGUCAGGAUUACGGCAUCACUCUUAACCACAAUGAACCAGAGGAGAACCACUAUGAGUCUCCAAGUAGGAGUUUGGAAACACAGGAGGUGCGUGAGCAUGUAAUGCAUGUAUCCAAUGAGGUGUCUAUCCUUAACCUAGAGGGCCAGACCCCAGCACCACAAGCCCAAAUGUUCAACAGUGGAACAUCCGCUUCCUCCACCAUCAAGGCUGACACUGUAAAUGCCCACUCCAGGGAGAACUACCGUCCCUCUUAUCCUGCCCCGUCUAAUACAUCAUCACAACUGCCAGACCCAGAGGAGAAAGAAGUCUCUUGCAUGACAAAGAACACAAAGUACAUUGUGAUGGCUGCAGGAGUGGGCGCCUUUGCACUGCUGGUAGCGUGGAAGUUAAGGAAUUGAGGGUUUUAAAGCUUUUAAACAUGGAUCCUGAGCAUAUGGUGCCUUAUUGUAGUCUCUGGCUGGGAUGGCAUGAAACAGCUGUUUAAUAUUUACCCAUAGUAAAACCAGCUGACUGGCCAGACCUUAACUUAAUGUUGAACUUUAGUGAACAUAAACAAAUGCAUCCUUAUUGUGGUCAGGAUCUUACUGAGGUGGGUAGAGGUCUCAGGUUGUCUAUGCUGCACACAUUUAGUUUGUAAGUUUGCGUUUCAAAAACCAAACUGCUGCCUGCUCACUUGUUUGAUAAGCACUUUCAGGAUGAGGCUGCCAUCUAGUGAGCAUAGUUUUAUUGGCUGUGGACUGUGAAAGAUGGAGCAGCAUCAGGCUUCAUAUUUUUUAUUUCCUUAUUUAUAUUAGAAAAUUCUAAGACAAAUAAUGAAUAGGGCACUGUCUGUAUUUAUUUGUACAUAUAUAAUGUAUAUAUACAUUAUACAUGUACUAUAUAUAUGUGGAGACUGUACAGACAACUUAGUAUUUCAAGCACAAAAAUCUAGAGGGACAGAUAUCAAUUAUUGAAUUUUGUUUAGCCUUCAGUGUUUGUUUCAAAAUCCUUUCACUGUGUCAUAUUGUGUUAUUUGGUGUAGAUUAAUACACAAAUUUCAGUUGGAUUUUUAGUAUUUUCUGAAGCCACUGUAAGUACUCUAUGUAACUUAAGGAUCACUGAUGUCUCUUAAACGUUCCAAAGCACGUGAUUUCUGAGUUUUUUUCCCAUUAUUGUAAAUAGUAAAGUACAAUCAAACAAAGAAUAUAUAUCAGCCAGAAUGUAAUGUCUUUGCAGACAGUUUGUAUAAAAUAUACAGUCACUAUAAAACACAUGUAAAUUAUAACCUUCACAUUAGCAAAUCUGUCUCUACUUAUACACUCCAUCAGUCACAUUAAUAAACCUGAGAUUAUUGAU